AUGGAGCACAUCUCUACAUUGUGCGCCGUGAGUACCGUCGGCAUUGCUGCGACUGGCUUUUCUCUAGCCCGCCGAGAACAGCAAAACUGGUCCCAGUCGAUCUCAAGCUCGAGACAUUCGACUCUCCCACACAUUAUACCCACCGAAACCGUUAACUUGAAACCAUUCCAUAGCCAGACCAAAUUUGAAGGAUCCCCGACGGAGCGGACACAGAGCGAGGUGGGCAUUCCGGAUUCUAAGCCGAACCUGGUGAUAUCGCAAAGAAGAAGAGAACGGCGACGCCGGCAAACCUACGCGAAUCCCCCUUCAAAGCUAUCUGCUGGCGAGGCCUCUGCGCAGGAGAGCAGUGCAAAUAGCGGCCGGCCUUCGUCUUCGUGGCUGAGACGCAUCUCAAUAAUUUCUUCUACCAACACGAGCAGCUCAACGCCCAGUCCGACAACCACCUCUCCGCCUGUAAAUAGACCCUAUGCGCAGACGUCGAGCCGACGAAAUUCAAUUAAUAGGGCACCGAAUAAGUUAAUAAAGCGAUCUGCUUCGCAACAUUCUAUCAAACAACCGGAAGACGUCCCGCGCCGACCUAGAUCAAAUACCUUUGGCUUACGGCGUCCGGCAACAAGUCACCAACGAUCUAGCAAAGUCGACCAUAGGGCAAGCAUAAGCCAGGAUCUGGACUUGUCUGUUCCACCAAAAUUUCUAGAGAGUCUACUGGCCAAAGAAAACGAUCGCUCUGAUUUGGGCAGUAACAGCUGGAAGCCUUUCUUCGCCUCCGCCUAUGAUAAACGACGCAAAGAAUCGACAAGCAAUGCCAUUGUGACGAUCAAGCCGAAUCGCCCACCCAAUUCCGGGUAUUAUCCCGAUUAUCCAACUUUAAUGCUCUCUUCCUCUAUUCAGAUUCCUGUUAAUGGGAACAUGGCAACGAAUCACAACUCCUCGCAGCCAACCAACGUUAUUCCCUUUCGCGACCCUUUCUCUCAACAUAUCAACGCCAAUAAUGCUAAUCACAUCACUACUUCUAACCCAAAGGACAAACGCAGACCCAUUCGAUCCUCAUCCAUUUCAGAUCUGUCCGGAAGCAACCGCAAAACUCGCCGUGGUUCUAUAAAGGGCGAUAACAAAAGCCCGACCGCUGCCUCUCGCUUUUAUUCCAAAGAUAGGAUUGUGUCUAAUCCUUUCCCAAGAACCUCAGGCACGGGAAAAGCUGGAAGUCCUCGGCUAAGGCGCAAAAGGAACUUCACCGAGUCUGACACUUUCAACCGACCUCAGACUGCGCCUAACGCCCCUCAUUUAUAUUCCCAAUCACCAUAUGCCGAUGCACCUUUCUCUAGAAGCCUUGGGUUUCCAGUCGACUCGCUAAAGUUAACUGAUUCGUCGAUACGUUACAGGACUGAAAGCUAUGAUAACAAAGCCUCUCCAACUAGCUUCCCUUCUACUGGUACUUCACCUCCAAUUGUUCGCUAUUCCCGCAACCAGCGUCUCUCUGGGGCUACAUCUGAUUGGGCAUCAACCCUCAUAGGCUCGGAUGAUACUCGCGUUUUCACUUCAGCAGAUGAAGAUGACCAGAGUGACUCGGUUUUUGACUCGUUCCGCACGCGAAUGUCAUCCGGCAGCCAUCCGGGCCGCCGGGGUCCACAUAUUGAGACGAUAUUUAAUGAUCUUUCAGAUGGUGAUCUCAAGAAAGGAGUUCCUGUUACUGUCGACGACCUCGGAUUUGAAAAUUUGCGCUUGUCGCAAUUCACACCAGGAUCUUCUUUAAGUGAUGUAAACUCCAUGAGCACGCCGUUGGCGCUAUCGGAAGCAAAAGAUGCAGACGCUACGCCAACGCCUCCUACAAGAAACACCCAGAAAACAUCUCUCUAUUCGUCUCCCGUGAAACCAGUGGACCAUCGUAUUCGAGAAUCGGUGUUUAGCACAAGUGACGAUGCAAUGAUGGAUGAUGGAGGCAUUGACUUGGAUGCAUCAUUUGAAGAGGGGUUAACAGUCACUCGGCCUCGGCACAAUCACGACGCUUUCACUCCCUCGCUAACAAGACAGAGUUCUGGGAUAGGUACAAGAGCAAGUGUCUUCGACUGGAGUGAGCGUGACCCCCAGGCUCACGAGAUUCGACCAAGUACUGUACACGGAAAGCAAGUUAUUGGGCCGAGAAGCACACGUAGAGCGACUCGUAAGGUACCGAGCGCCAUCCAUCUGCGGAGCCAGAGUGUACCAGUCUCGCGGGACGGCCCAACGCCAAGUGAUAGUCGACAGCCUUCAGCCAAAUUCGGCACCUGGGGUUUGGGUCAAAAAGGAGUGAGCGAGGAUUGGGAUGGCGAUUUUGACUUUGGCGAUGACGAUUUGGAAAUUGGCGAAAACACAUCUUCAAUGCAUACUAUGAAGGUACCACAGGCUAUUAUGGAAACACAAGCCAGCGUCCACGGCCAGUACGGCCAUGUGCAGGAAUUGACACUUCUGGUGGAGGAGCUGAAACGGUUACGGGCCCAGGGAAAUACGUUGCAUCUCAUCCACGGCGCAUCUGGUGGACUCUGGAAGGAAGCAGAGGGUAUCGUUAACCUUGCAACAUUUGAAGACGAUGAGAACUCAUGGCAGGUCCCUGGUUCACCGUCAUCUUGUGGAAGUUUCGAUGAUUUUGACACCUCGCCGUCUCCUCCACAGAAAGCCUGGAAGUAUAAUAAUGAUAAUGAUACGAAACGACCACCACUUACUUUUUGGAGCGACAUGGAUCACAACUCAAAGCUUUCUGGUAACAAAGAUCCGUCAGCAAAGGCAAAGUCUGUUCUAGAAACAAUUUAUCAGCAACGAGGAUCAUCGGACACUCAAUCAUAUGAAAAUGCAAGUCAUCCGCAACAGAAACUUCCAUUUGAUACCCAGUCCCUCAAAGAAUUGGUCACUCGAGCCGGUGUGGUGACACGUGCAUUGAAAGAUGUUAUACGUCGAGCCGAAGGCGUCACAACAACCGAUGAACCCGCCAUCCCAUCAGAUCCUCCGUUCAGCCGAAUUUUCGCUCAAAGUUCAUCAUGA